AAUAUUGAUUGAAGUCAUAAAAGUAGAGUUCGAUGGUAUUGAAAAAAUACGGACCUUACGUGCAUCGGAUGUUAGGCUUAAAUAGGCUUCAUUGAAAUCGAAAUAGUUUGCAUUCGACAUCAUCCACCCGUUAUAAACUCAUAAAAUGAGGACGACACUUCAAAUUGAAGUAGGACCGAAAUCUGAAAUGAAGUAUAACUGAAAGAGAUUAUAUUUACUUGCAUUUAAAGAGGAAUUGAAAGUAAACAAGGUUUUAAUAAACACUAAAAUCAAUGGACUUAGCAACCACUGCUAUUCAGUAUCUCCUCUAUACGAAAUGUGAUUGAUUCUUAUUGAUCAGCAUUGAGAUAAGUUGUUUCUAAACAUUUUUAUUUUGUUAAGACAAUUUGGAAUAUAUUUCAAACAACACAACAGAUAUGUCAAGUCCGCCUGGUUCCCCACGCAGACAGAGCGAAAUAUCGUCUUUCCGUGGCGCGGAACCGAAGCGCAAACCGAGAGGGAAACCAAAACGAGGCAAAAGCCCGGAUAAGACGCUUCCAUUUUUUGAGAAGGGCCGGUUCGACGAUGUAACACUUGUGGUCGGAGACAAACAACUAUAUUCUAAUAGCUGUUUACUCUCGUACAAUUCAUCAAAAUUUAUGCAGGUGCUAUCUGACGACAAUGUCGGUAAAGGAAAGGGCAAAACUGCUGCUAGUAAAGACCUUGACCUUUCGCAUCAUACCUUUGGAGACGUAUGCGCGCUGUUGUCAUUCAUUGACCCUCGAGUACCUUACGACCUCACAGAUGAGGAUGCUUUUCGAUUGCUCCCUAUAGCGGAAGAGUACGAUAUUGCCCCUCUGAAGAAGGCAUCAGAACGGACCGUCACCGAGUCGUUUCUCAAAAAGAGGAGGGGUCGCAGAGCAGGCUGCGUACCAACAGACGAAACAAUCCGCCACCUUGGUCUUGCCGACAAAUACCAAUUAAAAGACCUUCACGAAAUGUGCUGCAUAGAGCUAGUAGCGAACGAUAAUCCAUUAAGUAGUAACAUGGUCUCAGCUUCUAAGGAUUUAUCCGAACAUGCGAAACUGCAAGUCCUCGAGAAAAAGGUAGAUAAGUUGAAUAUGGCACUAGCACGUGCGCGGAGGAUUAAUACAGAGAAAGAGCAGGCUAAGGAUACAAGAGGCAGUACGUUAUGGAAGAAGUAGUUAAUAAGUGACAAUAGAUAGUUUGUCUGGAGAAGACAUGAAUAAUUUGAAGAAUAUAUAUUAGAAGCGGCAAAUAUACACAAUUAUUAAAUACGAACUGGGCAUCUUAUGUUUAAAAUACUUGCAUAAUACACAUUCAGUAGUCACAAACAUUGAGUAGUAGUCCAGGGGAAAGAAUUCGAUGUAUCUUGUGCGUAAAGAUGUGCACGACUGACAAAUUUUAUUUAUUUUAUUUUUUUUUUGAAAAUCAUCACAACUAUGUUGAAUGUCUUUUAUCAUGUCAUGGCACAAACGUACAGACAUUAAACGUUGUUGAUUUCUUGCAAAUAUAUACUACAAUGAGCAUUA